UAUUACCUCUGCUGCCCACCCUUACCUUAUUUUCAACUUGAAAUUUCCAAACUCCACUUUUUUUUAGAAAUCUACUUUCUUGUGAUAAUAGACACUACUACUAUAUCUCUUUAAGUAACAGACUUGCGGCGAAACAGAAGAAGAUAAAUAAUAAAAUAAUGACUUAAGAGGGGAUUUUUCAUUUGUAACCAUUAUCAAUUCUUGUAUUUUUGUGGCCUGGAAAUUGAUUACCACCCUUCUUUAAUCCCAUUUAGUCGUAAAAUCAAGAAAACCGUUUCGCUUUUGCCUCUAACCGGUAAUUUACGUCUUUUCAACCGGAACCUGAAAAACUAAAGUCAUUUCCAAAUUCCUUAGCAUAAAAUAAAGCAACACUUAAGUCGCUAACUAAAAGCAUACCCAUAUUGAAGUUGCCGUAAAUGCAGUUUUUCAGCAGCGGGGUUUUUAAAAAGUCAGUUUUUAAAAGUCAGUUUCUAUCGCCUAAAUUUUAAUUGCUCUCUUCGCCUUUUUUCUUUGCUUUUUGUUGCCAUUUACACCAGUUGAAAAAGAAAUUGAUUGCUGACAGGAAAAGACCAUGCCUCAUUUCGCCGACACGUACGAUCUGUGUGAGAAAAUAGGACAGGGCGCCUUCAGCAAAGUGCACCGAUGUGUUCAUUUAACCGAAAGCAAAGACUACGCAGCAAAAAUCAUCAACACGGAGAAACUGAAUGCGAAACAGAAGGAGAAAUUGGACCGUGAGGCGAGGAUAUGUCGUAUGCUGAAACACCAUUCGAUUGUGAGGCUGCAUUUCACUUCACAUGAGGACAAGAGGUAUUACAUGGUGUUUGACCUGAUCCAGGGUGGGGAGCUGUUUGAUGACAUAGUAGCCAGGGAGAGCUAUUGUGAACAGGACGCCAGUCACUGCAUUCAACAGGUGCUAGAAGCUAUAUCGUAUUGUCACAAAAACAAUAUCGUUCAUCGAGACCUCAAGCCAGAAAAUCUUCUCUUAGAAAGCAAGAAAAACAAAGAUGUCAAACUAGCUGAUUUUGGACUAGCCAUUGAAGUGAACGACCAGCGGCGGCAAUGGUUUGGGUUUGCAGGAACUCCAGGCUACAUGAGCCCGGAGGUGAUUCGGAAGGAGCCUUACGGGAAGCCAGUAGACAUUUGGGCCUGUGGAGUGAUCCUGUACAUCUUACUAGUCGGAUAUCCUCCCUUCUGGAGCGACGAUCAGCAAGUCAUGUUCGGACAAAUCAAAAGAGGUGACUUUGACUUUCCAUCACCGGAGUGGGACGAUGUAGGGGGUGAAGUGAAGAAGUUGAUCUCAGACAUGUUGAAUCUAGACCAAGAGACUAGACUAACUGCAGAGGACGCUCUCAACAACCCAUGGGUCUCAAAUCGAGACCGAUUCGCUGCCAGCUUCCACAGGCAAGCGACAGUUGAGGCCAUGAAGAAAUUCAACGCCCACCGCAAACUCAAAGGAGCAAUCCUGUCAACAAUAUUCGCUGCUCGGAGUACUCGUGCCCUGACCAAUUCAGCCAGGUCACACACGACAGCAGCAAGUGUGGCUAAUGGAAGUCAGAAUGCAGCAGCUGCCGGGGGAAGUCAAGCGGCCUCUAAGUCGGUACUGGCCGGGGCUAUAACUCCGGACGAUGAUACAGAAGCGGGCAGGAAGCAACUUAUCAUCCAGCUCACAGAAGCAACGAUUAAGUGUAUGGAAAAUGGAGAUUACGAAGCUUAUUCACGUCUGUGUGAUCCUCAGAUGACCUCAAUUGAGCCGGAGACGUUCGGUAAUGUAAUAGAAGGCAUGGAGUUCCACAGGUUCUACUUUGAGAAUCAGAACCACAAGAACAAGAGUGCCAGUAAAAGCAUCAUGCUCAAGCCAUAUGUGAACAUGCUGGGACCAGACGCUGCUGUCAUCUGCUACACCAGGCUGGAGCAGAUACAUGAAGAGGGCACAGGGGCGUUCAAGACGGUUGAAUCUGUGGAGACUAGAGUUUGGCAUAAACGAGACGGACAGUGGCAGUUGCUCCACUUCCACAAGAGCGAUACAGGUUCCAACGCCACAUCCUUCUCAUCAUAGACCACGCCAUCUAAACCAAUCAAUGACACUCGCCAACUGACUAACUCUUUGCCGAAAGGAUCAGAAUGAGUGAACAGACUGCACAAUGACAAUCAGUUGCUGAAUUUGAACUGGAAGAUAUGAAGAAAAAUCAAAUGACAAAAAUUGAAUAUGGCGAGAAAACAGAGGAUAUUUUCUGAGAUAAACCAACUUUCGAUAUAGAUUUGUAAACACCGAAAAUUUGAUUCAAACAGCAAUGAGGUGCCAUUGACAAGCAAAAAGACUUCAGGCCAAUCAGUUUUUAAUUUUUAUUUAUUUUUUUAGUUUGUGUAAUUAUUGCUGCCCUCAUCGACAUUAUUAAGUUUCAUUUAUCUGUUUUGAUACAAUAUUGUUAAAUCUCAAAUCUAUCAAUGACUAUUUCUAUUUUGCGUUACUAUCCAAUAGUUCUUCAUUUCUCAUAUUUGAUCCGAGUUCUUCACCUAGAGGAAAUUAAGCUACUGUAAAUCUGAAUAUGUGGAAAGUGUUGGGUUAAAUUGUUUCUUCCCAUCUAGCAAUUCACAUGUGUUAGGAAUGCUUCAGCGGUAGCUUAAUUGAUCUUUUCAGUUUUGCAGUCAUUUUCAAUCAGCUGCAUUAAAUUUCGUUUGAUUUUAUAAAUUGAAAAUAAUUGCUGUGGUUAUUCAUUGAUUGAUAUUCAAAUAAAAUUUUGU